AUGAAACUUCUGGCUCCACAGCCGUACCACUUCAGCUACGACACGGUGAGCCCCGUGGAGGGUGGCCACCACUACCACGAGGAGACCAGCGAUGAGACCAACUCACGCACGGGUUCGUACGGCUACACGGACGCGUUCGGCAUCUACCGCCGCGUGGAUUACGUCGCCGACGCCGGAGGCUUCCGUGCCUCCGUGUCCACCAACGAGCCGGGCACCGCUCCCAGCGCUCCGGCCGACGCCUUCUUCUCGAACCCGGGCGCUCUGCCCGCGAAGUAGUAGGCCCCGCGCAAUAAAGCAACUUCAAACAGCCUCA